UUUUAGUUUCCAGGUUUCCAGGUAAUGAGCGAACGUGUUAUUGAGUCAAGAUCCUCAUAAUGUUAGCAAUCUGCUUUGAGACUUCUUCAUCUGUAGAGGCUAUUGUAUAUUCUCAAAGAUGCUGAUAGCAAUGGAAUUUUGGGCCGAUAUCUCUUGUUGUUGGUUGUCUAUUAGUUCAGCACAAGCCAUUAAAUGGGAGGUAGAGAAGUGGAUAGUGAGGAUGUGCAGCAAAUUAUGUUUCUUUGGUUAUGCUUAUGGAGAUAAAGAAAGACAAAUCAGAUAAAAAAACUAAUCAAAUGUGUCUGAGUAGGUCUGGUAAAAUCUUACACCACACGAUAACACGAUACGAAUCUACGUGAUAAUUUACAAAUUUGUGUUGAAGAUAUCGUAUCGGAUUUAUAUUAGUGUUAUCCAAUAAGAUUUAAUAAAUAAAUCGAUUUUAAGAGGUGAAACACAAUAAUAUAUGAUAAAUCUAUUAAAAAUAUAUUUUUUUGUAAUUAUACAAAUUCUAUAUUAUUAAAAUUACUUGUUUUAUUGUUAAAUAUGUAUUAUUUUGUUUUUUUUUUCAGUUUAAUUUUUAAAAGAUAUGAAAACAAAUAAGUCUUUGUAGGAUUUUUUUUUAAAAUAUUAUUUUAUUAUUUAAAAGCUAAACCAAAUUAAAAUUUUUAAAUUUGUAUAUAUUUUUUAUGGGUUAACGAUCAAAUUACGGAUUACACAAUAAUUUAACGAAUGAAUCUAAAUUUAUUUAUUUUUACAUAAAAGUUUAAUGGAUUGUAUUUAAGUUAACUAAAUUCUAACACCACAAAAAAACGAUUGUACACAAUAUGUCGCCAGAUCCAAGCUAGAGUAGAACUACUAAUUGUAGGAAUUCUCUAGCUUUGUUUACGACCAUUCUUACUUCCCAGAAUAAUAUUGUAGUUUCGCCUACCAACUUUAAUAUCUAAUCGUGGGAAUAUGCUAAGAAACACUCUAUCCGAGGAAAGAUAGCAAUUUUUGAUGGUGGCAUUUUGACAAAGGGUCUAGAAGUUUUUGGAAUGGUUAAAAAUUUGUUUUGACUUUGUUUGAAAUUCUUGCUUAUGAAUGGAGUUCAUAUAUGACAUGAAAAAAUCAGGCGUACAAGCAUAUUCUAAUAAGUUUAAUUUCACAUGUGAGAUUAAUUUAAUUUCUGAGAUGUUGAGAAUCUAGUGGCAAUUAAUUUGAUUUCUGAGAUGAUGAGAAUCUACUGGCAAGUCUUUAUGAUUAGCUUUGCUAAAUUCAUGCUAGAGCACAGCCCCUGUUCAAUCAACCUACAUUUCCACGCUAGUCACAUACCAAAUUGUAUACAAAGGAUGGGCAUUUUCAAACAACAAAACCAUUAGGGUGUGUUUGGUUUGUCGGAUUGGCCAGAAUUGGAUGGGACACAGUCCCAAUCUGCUGCUUGGUUGAUCAUUUUGAGCUCGGGACAGGUUUAACCUAAAUAGUAAUUUAAUCCCAAAUGAUCGGGACACAGCUGACCCCGUCUCCCCCCCUAGGUCAUUUUUGUCCCAAACUCAAAAAAGCCCUUGUUCUCUCGCGUAUCGUUGCCUCGCGUGGAAGAUCGAAGGAAAAAUCACAGCUGCAACUCUCAGAGAAAGAAACAUGGUUGAUGAGUAUCUCUAUCUACAUCUCUAUCUGUUUUCUUCUCUGCAUCUCUAUCUGUUUUCUUCUUGAUGUAUUGUGACAUUUCUUCGUAUAGGCCAUCUUAUACUCGAUCUGGAAAGGGCUUCCAUUUGCAAGUAAAACCCCAAACUCCAAAGAACCCAGAUGAUGGUUAAAUCGCUGGCACUGGAAUGCUUGCUGGUGUAAAGCUUAUUGACUAAUGGUUGGCACAAAUUGCUAGAUCUGCAGACUAAGAUUAAAUGGAAGUUGGAGGUAGCAGUCACGAUAUCCGAGGGAUUGAAUCUAGACGUACAUGGAGUAAAGGGGAGGAAGAUGCUUCGCUGCUUAUUUUAGAUGAGGUUAUAGCUAGUGGGCAGCGGUGUGACACCGGAUCAUUCAAGCCUGGCACAAUUACUAUGAUUGAGAGGCGAUUGGCUGAGAUAUGUCCUAAUUCGGGCUUGCGAGCAAAUCCACACAUUGAGUCAAAGCUGAAAAAGUGGAAGAAACAAUACGGUCUACAAUACGGUAUAAUAUAUGAUAUGCUAAACAAAAGUGGCUUCGGAUGGAAUGACUCUCUUAAAUGUGUGGAAGUUGAUAAUGACAAAGUUUGGAAAGCAUAUGUGCAGAGUAACCCAAGUACAAAGGCAUGGAGAAGUAAACCGUUUCCACUAUAUGAGAGGCUUGCUAGUAUUUUUGGAAAGGAUCGGGCAACGGGACAUGGAGCACAAACUCCAAUUGAUAUGGUCAAUGAUUUGAAUUUGGAGAGUGGAAAUGAACAAUUUAAUGAUGUGUGUUCUCCAAUGUCUGUGAAUGAAAUCCAUAGUGAACCAUCUACCCGACCCAAAUCAAGAGGUAAGAGAAAAUCUGGAUUGAAGGAUGAUGACAUUGUGAGCGGGUUUGGCAAUGUAGCAGAGAAAUUGUUUGAUAAAUUGGCUGCAAAGUUAGAUAAUCUGAAGCCAAUUAUCCACAAUACUUAGCUAUGGAGCUAUACAAGUUACGCUUCUCUGUUGAUGACAAUUUCGAAAUCUCUAAGGCAAUGAGAUUGGAUCCAUCGAACGUUGAGGUUUUUAAGAUUAUUAGAACGGAUACGGGCAAGAUUGAAUUUGCUAGAAAAAUUUUAAAUUACUAAGUGUUGUUGUGUAUCAUAUAUUUAAGACUAUGUAUGAGGGGAUAAUAACUAUGAACACUUGGAUGUGAACUUUAUGGACAUAUGUUGUAUGGUUGUUUAUGGACAUGUAGUAUGGUAAUGGAUGUUAGUAUUUAAUUAUGUAU